AUGCAUAAAAGGGUAUUUUUCUCAGAUGCGAUCCAAUUUUGGAAAAAAACAAGUGUCAUUAAAAAAAAUUCAAAACACGACUUUUGGCAGUCCACCAUGCCCUUUCCAAAAGAAAUUCUUCGGUACACCGUUUGCAAAGUAAAAACAACGUUUGAUGACAAAUGGUCCGAGAGAGUGGUUGCUGUGACUAAAGAAGAAGUUUUGAACGUCGCUCAUGGUGGUAUUGGCUCCCGAUUAUUGUCUUCAAAAGCGAACCAUAGUUUUGGCAGCAGUAGUAUCUUUGGAGCUUCUUCUUCUUCGCUCGCUAAUACAAGUGUUAUCUAUUCACUUGAAAUUUAUCAUACAAAACACGAAUCACAGAUUAGAAAUGCAAUGGCUGCUUCUGCUACCAAUUCCACUCAUGUGCCAUCGACACAACACUCUUCUCACAAAAACUCAAAACCAACACUAGAGCCAAAGAAAAAAGGAAUACUCCAUCGAGAAAUUAGAAUCAUGUCUGGAAAAGAGUUUACCAAUAGAUUGAACACAUUAAUACUAUUUUUUGAGCAACCUCUUUAUUUAAAUUUUAAAAAGGAAUCUGAUUAUAAGGAAUGGUUUGAAUAUUUAACAAAAUUAAUCAAUGUUGAAGAGUCAGAAAUGAAAGAAGGUAUUGGUGCAAUUAUCGAGAGUAUUACAGAUGCUUGUGUGGUGAGUGACGCUGAUGGAAUUAUUACAGGAUUUAAUGCACAAGCAGAAAAAUUAUUUGGUUAUUCAAAAGAAGAAGUGGUCGAUAAGAACGUUAAUGUUUCAAUUUUAAUGCCAGACAGUUAUGCAAAAUAUCAUCAACAAAUUUUGAAUCGAUACAACAAGCACAGAAAUCGAGUUAUUAUUGGCAAACCUAGAAAUUUUCUUGCCAAACAUAAAUUAGGUCACAAAUUACCAAUUACCAUUAAUCUCGGGGAAGUUCAAGACUCAAAUCCUCAAUCCAAGUUUAGAUAUAUUGCCAUGUUUAGAGAUUCAAUGGCCAAAGUAUUAAAUUAUUCAGCAACAAGUGACUCGACUGCUCAUGAUACUCAACGAUGUACUGACAAGCUCAAAAUUCAAAUUCAAAGAAAGACAAAAACUGAAAUUUCAAAAUUUGAUCAAGACACAUUGAGAAUGGUAGAAGACUUGUUGAAAAUGUUGCAAUCUUUGGCAACCACCAUUAACAUUUUAGAAACUGAGAAUGAACGUUUGGAUCAAUUGGCUCUCGAGUUACAAGAAAGAGAAGCCGUUGCAGAGAAUCAGUUACGAGAAACUCAGAAAAUCUCUCCAAUCUAUCAAAUUUACAAGUAUCUCACUGAUAACAUGUGCAAUAUUGAAUCUUUAACAUUUAAGGCUCAAGAUCAACUCACACAUGAUUGUAUUCUAUGUUGGAAACACAUUCAAAUGUACAAAAAAGCAAGUCGAGCCUGUGACCAAUUUAACAAAUUUAAGAGUAUCAUGUCAAACGCUGGAGAAUUAACCACACGAAGAGCACGAUCAGGUUCUAUUGUAUCCUCCCACACAGAAGGAGGGUUAAACGAAAGUGAACAACAACUUUUUGAAUCCAUCACAAAAUCAGAAGUGGUUUCGAUGGCUGUUCAACUCUUUGAUCGAUUUUUAGUGAAUUAUGAAAAAGGAGAAGCACCCAUCUCGAAGAACCGUUCGACCUCUCUCUCUCAUAACAACACAGUGCUCAGAAUUGUUACUCGUGAAGUGAUUCCAGUCAUCAAGAAUGCUCUCAUCAAAUGGUCCAAUACGAGCAUGGAAAAUCUUCCUUGUACCAUCUCGUCAGAAUUGUUUUAUUUUGUGGAGAAGGAUAUUUUGGAAUUCCUGAAAAACGAUCCUAUCAAAAACCAAGUAUAA